AUGUCGCCGCCGCCAUGUCGCGACCGCCGCCGCCCUGCGCACGCGCCCGCCGCCCGGCGGGGCCGAGCUGAUGGCGGCGGCGGCCGCGUGAUGGCGGCGGAGGCCUGCGGCCGCCACGCUGCGGGAUGGGCGCUGCCCCUCCGCCCGCCGCUCUGCCUCGCCUGCGCCGUCGGCACCCUGGGCGAUGGUGGUGCCUCGCUGGUGCGGAAGAAGCACGCGCUGUCCCGGCUGCGCGAUGCCCUGGCCUGGCAGGCGCUGCCCGUCAUCCGGCUGUUGGCACUGGACGAGAGGGUCUGCGCCUCUUUGGUAGGAGCCCUCUUUGGGAUGUGCCAUACUGUGGAAGACAGUGAUGCCCAGGACCAAUUCAUAGAAGUUCUGGUGCAUCUGGUAGUGGAGCUGAAGUCCGAGCAGUAUUUGCGCUGCAUUUUGGAUGAAAGCCAAAAAGAGCUGAGCAAAGCAACUACCAUGAGAGGCAGCCUGCCCCUAUUCACUCUCCUGGGCAAGCUGGCAGAUGCCAUCCCAGUCUUUGCUGAUAUACUGGUGGUAAAGCACAGUAAUUUAGUGGAUCAUCUGCCGCUGGGCUUGAUGUACCCAAACGAAGGUGUAAAGGCUGCUGUCUGCUACUUGUAUGGCAAGCUGUACUCCUCUCCUGUUGGCACAGAAAGGCUCUCAGCACACUUCGAAGAAAAGCUGUGUGGUCUCUUCUUGAAUACUUUGGGCCAUGCUCAGACAAAGGAGCUUCAGGUUAAUUGUUUGGGUUUGCUAAAGGAGCUGCUGAAGUCUGACCAUUUUGUAUCCAUUCUUAUGAAUAAUUCAAGGACAGAGGAGGAAUCUGAAAACUCUGACUUCUUAGAAGGGGAAAAUCCACUUCCACUUGUUCUCAAAAAGUUGUUGUUGACCAGAGAUGAGAUGUUACAGGCAGCGAGUUCUCACUGUGUGGCUGCAGUGCUGGUUCACUCUCCCAGCAGAUAUGCUCCUGCCUUUAUUCAUGCAGAUGUCCCAGAAUUCCUGUUCGAGUGUCUCUUGUGCAACAGUGAGAUUCUCAUCUGGUCAGUGUAUUGCUGUCUGCUUCUGCUAACUGAAGAGCGCCUUUUCUUUUCCAAGUGUCACACGGUCUAUGGCAUUGAAUCUCUGGUGAGGAGUCUCCAAGAUGUCCUGCAGCUGAACAAUGUGGAGUUACACAAGCAAGGGCUCCUGCUCUUCACUGAAAUACUGAAACGAGUGGCAGGCACAGUUUGGGGCCUGGAGACAAGAGGCUGCAGGAAGGUGCAGGAGUGCUGUCCUUAAUGCAUUUUUUUUCCAGGCCCUGCAGACAUCCUAGUGCACCAUAUUGCAGGUGGGUUUGUGCCUCUUGAGCAACCAGUGGAAAUCACAUUAUUCACAAACCGAGGUGUAUGUCUAGAUGCCAUUGAUGUUCUGAUGAAGACAAUGGACUGCCCAGUGCUGGAGGUGGUAGUGGGGGCUGUGAAAGCUGUGGCAGCUUUUCUGAGGAAGGACCAUCUGAGCUCUCCUCCAGUCCCGUAUGAAAAGCUGCAGAAACUGCUGGAGGCAGUGCUGAAGAGAUGUGCUGACCUUUCCCCACCGCAGAGUAGCAAGAAGCAUGCAGGCGAUCUCCUGUUCCCAGUAUCUCAGAGUCUUAGCAGAGUUUCUCAGAGACAGGGCCAGCUCUUGCUCAACACCCUGGAAAGUUUCAGAAGUGCCUGCAGGUUAGCAGUGGAAUACCAGAGUGACCCCAUGGCCCAGGAGAACGCUUUCACUGCCCCUGGCUCAGAGAGCAAGGAGACGCUGAGCAACUUCUCUGAGUUCCUGCUGAGGAUCUGUGACAAUCUCUGCAUCCCCAUGGUCAUGAACUACCUGGAAAGGGCUGUCAGCUCGGCAGUGAUGGAGGUUUUCAUCUCAGCACUAAAUACCCUCUUUAUGGUGGUGCCAAACAUGCGGAUUAAGUUCUCCAAAAAGCUGGCAUCCUCCUCCUUCAUCCGACUGACGCUGGAGCUGAAGGCCAGAUUUUGCUCUGUACAAAGUAAUCCUGCCUUGAAUCAGGCCUGUUCCAGAUUCCUCUGCAACUUGUGCCUGAGCCUUUACUCUGCCACAGAGAAGGAGAGAAUUUCUGCUCAGGAAGAGCAAGAGAUGUCUGAGCUCCUGCAGAAGGGUUUGCCUCAAUUAAACUACACAGUUGCUGAAAGCCUUCUCCUGCUGGCUGAAAACCCUGAGGCUUUCUCCUUGGAUCAGUCCCUUUGCAGCCACCAACACUGCUUCAUACUCCUCUCAUACUUUGCCUACACCCUUGGGGACAGGUUUGUCCCAGAAGCAGAACUGUUUUUAGCCAUAAGAAAUUUCCUCCUAUCAGCACAGGACCGUGGAAACUGUCCCCCUCCAUACAUACUCAGAGCUGUGCUUUACCUCCUUGCUGUUUGUCAGGACAAAGGCAAAGGCCUGGACUCGAGGUCCUUGUGUACCAUAAGGAGGAUCCUGGAUAAUCUCCCAGAUCUGGGCUUGGUCUACGUUCACUGUCCUCUCCUGCUUGAAUUCUUCCUGCGCUACCCUGAACUUAUGGGGAGAUUUGGACACCAGGUUCUACAGCUCUGGUUUUCCUGGGAAGACUGCAGUCAGACUGAGACUGAAGAGGCUGGUUUUGGCCUGCCUGAUCAGCUGAGCAGUGCUAACCCUUUACUUCCCAUUCUGAAGAGCAAUUCCAGCAUUUUGCUUAUUUUACUGGACCUGGUCUGCUCAAGCUCCGUGGAGGUAGCUCAGAAGGUGUUGGUGACUCUGAGGACCUUCCUGGAAAGAAGUGAGGAUGUCCUUGUCUGUGACCUCCUCCGGAGCCGGUUCCUGCAGAUUCUGCAGCAGCUAUUGGUAGAGAGUAGCUCAGCUUCCUUACAAGCUAACAGGAACCUGCCCAUUUUGCUGAGCCUGCUAUUCCUGGUGCAGCUGCGGAGCAAGGGCAUGAGGGAGCUGGACAGCACAGACUUCAAGCUGCUUCACCAAGUCAGUAACCUCUGCGGGAAAUGCAGGCCCAGAGACACCGACCUCCUGCAGCCAUCCCUGAAUUUUCUGUACUGGAGCCUUCAUCAGACAACACCUUGUAGUCAACAGAGAGCAGUGGCUGUGCUGCUCUCCAACGUGUCCUUGCUAGAGCUCCUCCAGAAGGUGAUGGAGUGCACCUGGACGAGGUCCUUUCCCUCUGAACCUGCCUACCUGUCGCCUGAGGAUGCCUUGCUGUGUUCCGGAUGGCUCUUGGCUGCUUCCCUCUUAAUUUAUCAGCAUCGUUACAACGCUGAGGUUCACCAGACACUCACUCUAGACCUAACAGAAGUCCUGAAUGCAAUCAUCUUCAGGAAGAAGAAGCCAAUCCUGCUGUUAGUGAGCAUCAUGCAGUUCCUGAGAGCUGUCCUGCGACAGAACUUCUCUUCCUCCCUGCUGGUGAUUGUCAUCCAGAACACAGCCCAUGGCGCUACACAACCACAGCCAUCAUCGCUGGAGGAUGCUGCCUUGCACCCCCUUGCCAUGCAGCAGGUCUUCUCACUUCUCAUCAGCCUGCAGAACCUUUUGGUGCAUGUCUACUUGCAGAAAGACUUGCUGCUUUCUCAAGCUGUGGUUGCCUGCCUGGAAACCUUACUGGAAUACCUGUGUGUGAAGAACCAGGAUGUUGCACUACACGUUGCUUCACAGCCCUGGCACCGAUUCCUGCUCUUGACACUGCUCAAUGGGGGCCAGAAAUCCGUUCUGCAGCCAGAAAUUCUCAGACUCGUGACUUUGUUUGUGAGGUACCAGAGCAGCAAUGUUAUUUCUCAAAAAGAAAUUAGCCUGAUUCUUCGGGAGGCAGCAAAAGCCAACUUACCAGAGCUGCCGGAGGCCACGUCUCGGGCACUUCACCUCUUCCUUCGUCAGAUUCAGAGCAGUCAUUGUCAGAUGGAGGCGGUGGAGGCAGGGACCAUUCAGACCUUGCUGGAGCACCUUUCGGGACAGAGGAGCACCUGUGCAAAACAUCAGGACAUCGUAUGUCUGGGAGGUGUGGCAGUGUCCCUCGCACACAUUGGAGACUGAAACGAGAAGAGUGCGCGCAAUGGGGCGACGGGGAAAGAAUGGAACAGGAGACCACACGUAUU